UUGUAUGGCUAUACCACAUUUUCAUUAUCCAUUCCUCUGUUGAUGGACAUUUGGAUUGUUUCCAUCUUUUGGUUUUUAUGAAUAGUGCUGCUGUGAACAUUCACGUACAAGCUUUUGUUUGAACAUCUUUCAACUCUUUCAGGUAUACACCUAGGAGGGAAAUUGCUGGAUUCUCUAGUAAUUCUAUGUUUCACUUAUUUAGGAACCAUCAAACAUUUUCCACAGCAGCUGUACCAGACAUUUUCCACAGCUGCUGGUAGGAAUUUUACAUUUCUACCAGCAAUGUAUGAGGGUUCUACUUGCUCCGCAUCCUCCGAAACACUUAUUUUCCACUUUAUUGGAUUAUAGACAUCCUAGUAGGUGUGAGUGCUAUCUUAUGGUUUUGAUUUGCAUUUCUCUAGUGACUAAUGAUGUUGAGCAUUAUUUUGUAUGCUUAUUAACAGUUAUUAGCAUAUCUUCUUUGAAGAAAUGUCUGUUCAAGUCCUUUACUCAUUUUAUAAUUAGGUUGUUUGUCUUAUUGAGGCGUAUGAAUUCUUUAUAUAUCCUGGAUACUAGACCCUUAUCAGGUAUAUGAUUUGAAAAUAUUUUCUGUAUUCCUGUAUUAACUUUUCCACCUGUGUCCUGGAAGUCAUUUCUUCUUCUGAAAGAUCAUGACAAUAAAUUCAUUGCUAACUAUGCCCAUGCCACUUAGUUGUUUCUUAGGGCCUUCAAAAAUGCUCACUAUAAGAGACACUCUAUGAUUCUUAAAUUGAGUGCUAAGUACAUGGAUGUCCCUUUUUUAACAUAUAUAUUAUCACUCAUAUAUAGGUUAUAUUCAUUCUUGUGUAUAUGUAUAUGUUUAUAAGAAAAAAAUGUUAGUCUUGAUAAUGCUGCUUCCUCUAAUUACAACUGCAUUCUAUUUCUGUCCUCUCUUUCACUUACAUACUUCUAAAAUGAAUGAUCUAUAUUUGUUGCUUCAUUUUAUCCACAACUAGUGCCACUUUAAUCCCCUGCAGUACAACUACUUUGUCCAUCCUGAAAUGACACUUUUGAGUCUGCCCCACUUCCAUCUUUAUUCGUUUUUCUUUGACGAUGUCACUCAUGACUCCCCUAGUUGCAGUAUGCAGAUGAGUUUUCAAUCUGCACCUGCAAAUCCAAGUUUUAGACCUCUAACUACAUACUGGAUAGUCCCAGUCUUUUGCUUUACCAGAUAUAUUUUCCCUAUGGACUAAGUUUUUCCAAUCCCAAUCUAUUUCUUCAAACUGCAUCAGUUUUAGUCUCAAGAGUUUUGUAGUAAUUGCUGGUUCCUACCUCUUCAAUCACUACUCCUUAUAACCAGUUAUUACGUCUUGUGAUUUUUACUUUAUUAUUUUUAGUUUGUUUGUUAUAAUCAAUCUUUAUUUAAGAAUCUGAUAAAUUAAUGUUUUUCACCAUCUCGGGGAGCAGAAACCUUUACAGGAUUCACAAACUUUUGCUUCAGUGCUACCUUGGUGGGAGUCUUAGCAGCAACCAUUGCUGUCUUUUUAGAUACUUGAUGAGCCUAAAAACUAAGGAACGCCUCGCGAAUUUGCAUGUCAUCCUUGCGCAGGGGCCAUGGUAAUCUUCUUUGUAUCAUUCCAAUUUUAGUGCCCAAGCAAGCGCUGAUUUUUGAUUAAACACACUUCAUUUCCACUCAAUGAUUAUCACCCCAUUUUAAUCCAUUAUCACUGGGUGCUGGAAUUAUCUCAACAGCCCCUCUCUGCCUAACUCUACUUCCUCUCCCUCCUUGAGUGAUAAUGGAAAUCUUUAAGAGCGAUGCGAUGAAACAUGGUGCUACAUAAGAAAGAAAAUUUCAGUAGUAUUGUGGAAGAUGAAGUGGAGAAGGAAGGGUGAUGACAUGAGACGAUGAUGUCCUAAAUUGUGGCAGUGACGAUGGAGAAGGUGGAUGUCAAAGUUUCAAGUUGACUGGCAACCAGUUAGAGCUGUAAAGAUGUACAUCUAACAUCUUGUAUUCUACUCCCAUAAAUUAAGUCAAGUGAAUUUUUGCUAAGUGAGGUAUACCCGUGCUUCUUUAAGAACUGUCAGCUCGGGGUGGGCCAACUAACCUCCACCAUCCAGAUGGCGGAUCCCAGAUUGGCCGCCGGAGUGUUAUGGAGCGGGUCUCUCUAGCUGCUGUCUCUAUGGUUCGCGGAAUCUCCAGGUCGGGCCUUGACCGGUCCAGCUUUUGCGCGUGCGCAAGCCGAGGCGCGUGCCCGCCCUCCCGCAACUGCCCAAACCCCGGGUGGGAGGGGUGGGUCUGGGAAGGUUGCGGCGGUGGCCGCCGCGGCCGCAGCACCCAAGGCUGUUCCCGGGCCGAGCCUGCGCCGGGGAGUCUUCCGCCGCCUCCUCGAGUGGCGCUGACCCGUCCCCAGAUGGUUGGUCCAGAGGAUGCCGGAGCCUGCUCGAGAAGAAACCCCAAGUUGCCCCCUGUGCCGGCGCCCGAGCCGGCGGGCCAGGACGGGAAGAUGAUCCGGGCCACGGGAGGCUUUGGCGGAGGCGUCGACGCUGUGGAGCCGCCGGAGGAGGAGGAGGAGGAGGAGGAGGAAGAGGAGGAAGACGAGACGCCGCCUCAGCAGCUCCUUCGGCGUUACCUCGAGGCGGCCGGCGGACAGCUGGAGCCAGGGCUGUGCUACCGUCCGCUCGCCGCCGGCCAGCCCCGCGCCCCUCCGCCCUCGGCAGCCCUGCGCUCGGACGCCUGCCUCCCGGACGAGGGCUCCAAGCACGGAGGCGCGGAGGUGGCGGAUGCUGGCGUACCGCGGUGCGGCGGCAUGACCAACGGGGACUCGGGCUUUCUGCCGGGCCCGGACUGUCGCGACCUGGAGGAGACUCACGGGCUGGCCCGCGCGGGCGGCCGGGAUCCGCGCCACCGCCGCCUCCGCCUGGAGGGGCCUGGAGACGAGGGCGCGGACGGCACGGGCAGCAGGUCGGACUGGGCCGCACCGCUUGAGGACCCGCUGCGGAGCUGCUGCCUGGCGCCGGCGGACGCCGAGGAGCCCGAGGGCGCGGGCAGCGGCAGCGAGGACUUGGAGCAGCCGGGAUCCGGCGCUGGGGGUCCCGAGGAGGGCGCGUCCCCCGCCACCUCGGCUGAGAGGACUAGCGGGGGCGCGGGCGCUGAGCUGCGCCUCGGUUUCUCCGACGUUCACUUGAAUUCUCGGAACACGUUCGAGGUGAGCCGCCGCCAGAGCGCCCGCGACCACCUGCCCACGGCCGGGCCGCCGGUGCCCUCGUCCGCCGCGGAGCAGGGCCCCGCGGGGACCUCGGCCCGGGCUCGACGGAGCGGUGGUUUCGCCGACUUCUUCGCCAGAAACCUUUUUCCAAAAAGGACGAAGGAACUCAAAUCAGUUGUGCAUAGUGCUCCUGGUUGGAAAUUAUUUGGUAAAGUCCCUCCCAGAGAGAAUCUUCAGAAAACUUCCAAAAUUAUUCAGCAGGAAUACGAAGCACGAACAGGUAGGACCUGUAGACCACAACCUCAGUCUUCAAGACGUAAGAAUUUUGAAUUUGAGCCGCUUUCUACCACUGCCCUGAUUCUUGAGGAUCGACCAUCAAACCUUCCUGCCAAAUCUGUGGAAGAAGCUUUACGUCACCGACAAGAAUAUGAUGAGAUGGUGGCUGAGGCUAAAAAACGAGAAAUUAAAGAAGCACAUAAAAGGAAAAAAAUAAUGAAAGAACGAUUUAAACAGGAAGAAAAUAUUGCAAAUGCAAUGGUAAUUUGGAUCAAUGAAAUACUGCCCAAUUGGGAAGUAAUGCGUAGUACAAGAAGAGUUCGAGAAUUGUGGUGGCAGGGAUUGCCCCCUAGUGUUCGUGGGAAAGUUUGGAGUCUAGCUGUAGGAAAUGAACUAAAUAUCACUCCUGAACUUUAUGAAAUCUUCCUGUCAAGAGCAAAAGAACGGUGGAAAAGCUUCAGUGAAACAAGUUCAGAGAACGAUACAGAAGGUAUAUCUGUUGCUGAUCGGGAGGCCAGUCUGGAAUUAAUUAAGUUGGAUAUAUCCCGUACAUUUCCAUCUCUCUACAUCUUUCAGAAGGGUGGCCCAUAUCAUGAUGUCUUACACAGUAUCUUAGGGGCAUAUACAUGUUACAGACCUGAUGUUGGUUAUGUCCAAGGGAUGUCCUUCAUAGCAGCAGUUCUCAUUCUCAAUCUGGAGGAGUCAGAUGCCUUCAUUGCCUUUGCAAAUCUCCUCAAUAAGCCAUGCCAACUGGCCUUCUUCCGUGUGGAUCACAGCAUGAUGUUGAAAUAUUUUGCAACAUUUGAAGUAUUUUUUGAAGAAAAUCUCUCCAAACUAUUUCUUCAUUUCAAAUCUUACAGUCUUACACCAGACAUAUACUUGAUAGACUGGAUCUUCACCUUAUAUAGCAAAUCACUACCACUUGAUCUGGCCUGUCGAGUCUGGGAUGUAUUUUGCAGAGAUGGGGAGGAAUUUUUAUUUAGGACUGGAUUAGGGAUCCUCCGAUUGUAUGAAGAUAUUCUCCUACAGAUGGAUUUUAUUCAUAUAGCACAGUUUCUAACUAAAUUGCCAGAAGAUAUCACAUCAGAAAAGCUGUUCAGCUGUAUUGCAGCCAUUCAGAUGCAGAAUAGCACCAAAAAAUGGACUCAGGUUUUUGCAUCUGUGAUGAAGGAUAUUAAAGAAGGAGACAAGAAUAUUAGUCCUGCUCUGAAAAGCUAAUCUUCAAAAUUAACAGACUAAUUGGAAUAUAAAGUUGUUUUUCGAUAAAAGUUUUUCAUUUCUUAUGUAAAAAGCAUGGAAGAAAAUGUUGGAGAAAUCUAAAAGAAUCAAGACAUAGAAAACUGCAGAUUUUGAAUCCCAUGGCUGAAGUAAAUGAAAUAAGUAACCUAUUGACAGUAUUAGUCAAAAAGUAUUUUGUAGGGAUAGCCAUUUUACAAAUGAAGAAGUUUAAAUGCUAGUUUAUACUCCAUAAUUUGGAGUGAACAGUAAUGCAAUAAAUUUUUUUUAACAGCAUUGGAGAUA